GGUGGCAGCGUGGUCCGGUGAAGUCAAGGCGUCAAGUGCCUCGUUUGAACGCUUUGAACGUUCAACAGCUGAGCGAACGAACAGCAGCUUCACUUCGACUCAAUCGUCAAUCUCAGUCGUGUAGCAAUCGCGGUUUCGAUCGGGUCGCGUCCGUGUUCCGAUACCGGUGGCAGUCUCCGAAAGCAGCGUCGUUUGUCUACUAAAUUUUCCACGCGGAAAAUCGCGUAAAGUGUACAAUUUCUCCAGUUUCGGCUGGACGGAAGGUUGUGAAGAAGUUUUUUGACAGUGACAGGAAAUGACCGCAACCGCAGAACCACAGCAGACUGAUGGCAGUUUGGCCGUGGUUCAAAAGAACAAACCGCACGCUGCAUCCACGGGGCAAGUAAACCAAGCAUUCGAGCUUAGCGACGUAGAAGGCGCCAAAAACGGUUCAACACUCAGACCAAAUGGGCUUCAGCCAGAUGAAGGAGGUGGCGGAGGCGGUGGCCACGGCAUCGAUUCCGACCAUCCGACAAACUAUUUGGAAACCAUCAUGCACAUUUUCAAGGGUAACGUCGGUCCCGGCUUGUACGCCAUGGGGCAAGCGUUCUACAAUGGCGGCAUCCUCGUGUCACCCGUGCUGACCGUCCUGCUCGGAAUCACGUGUAUUCACAGUCAACAUUUGCUGCUGAUCGCGUCCAAGAAGAUCAAAUCGAAAUUGCCCGCAUCGGACAAAUAUCCAGACUUUGCGGAAACGGUAGAGCUCUGCUUCGAACAUGGACCGGUGCGAUUUCAGCGGUGGAGCCGCGCGAUGCGAUUGGCCGUGAACAUUUUCAUCUGCGUCACCCAGCUGGGCUUUUGUACGGUGUACUUCGGAUUCAUCAGUAACAAUUUGAAACAAAUCUACGACUUCUACGGAAUCCAUCUGGACAUCCGGUUGCACAUGCUCAUCAUCCUGGUGCCGAUCCUGCUGCCCUCGUUGAUCCGUAACUUCAAAUACCUGGCCUGGUGCAUGACGCUUGCCAACGCGUGCAUGAUCCUCGGUAUCUGCAUCACGGCCUACUACGCCGUUCAGGAUCUCCCGCCGAUCAGCGAGCGUAACUACUUCUCCAGCUGGCACCAGCUUCCGCUCUACUUCGGGACGGCCAUAUUCGCAUUCGAAGGUAUCGCCCUGGUCCUGCCGCUGCAGAACGCCAUGAAACAUCCGGAAGACUUUGGACGGCCGCUCGGGGUGCUCAACGUGGGAAUGGCCGUGGUCACGUUCAUAUUCACCGGGUUGGGUUUCGUAGGGUAUCUCAAAUGGGGCGACGAUGUCAAGAGCAGCCUGACGUUGAACAUCCCGCACGAUGAAAUUCUGGCACAGAGUGUUAAGGUUAUGGUUUCUUUUGGAAUCCUGCUUGGGUACGCUUUGCAGUUCUUUAUCGCGAUCCAGAUUAUGUUACCGUCGGUGGUGAAAAAAGUCGGAUUCGGUAGAAAUCAUCCAGUGUUGGUUGAUUUGACCUUCAGGACGUUCAUGGUUCUGGUUACUUUUGCCAUCGCAGAAAGUAUUCUCAAUGUCGGAGCGUUGAUCUCACUGAUUGGGGCGUUGUGUUCGACGUCCUUGGCCUUGGUGUUUCCACCGGUGCUGGAGCUGAUCUUGGGUCUGGCCGAGGGCGAAUGCCCUGCGGAAACGCCAGGAGUGACCAAAUCCACCAGUGCCAUAAGUGUGUUUGUUUGGGUUAAGAACAUUUGUAUAUUACUGUUAGCGCUGUUCAUUUUCGUUACCGGAACUGUCGAGAGUUUGGAUGCGAUACGACACCUGCAGUAAGUUUGUGAUUAUCGAAUUUUGUAAGAAA